CAUUUAGCUAGCAGCCAAUGUACGCAUGCAAACAAAACGGCGGCAGAAGGUGACACCCUGGAUGCUGAUAUUCCCUGCAUAGGACAUCACAUGUGGCCCCCUCUUGACAAAUCCUGGUCCCCCCCCCUAAUGUGAUCCUCGACAGCUCUCUCCAGUCCCUGCGGAAUUGAAAGCAUGUCCAGUCAGACAGGAGCAGCGGCCCCCCUGCGCUUCGGCCAGGUGGUCAUUGGACCCCCGGGCUCAGGUAAGACCACCUACUGUCAGGGAAUGCAGGAGUUUCUUACUCAGCUUGGACGCAAGGUGGUCGUGGUGAACAUGGACCCGGCCAACGAAAGACUGCCGUACACCUGUGCUGUAGACAUCUCUGAGCUCAUCACUCUGGACGAUGUGAUGGAGGGCUUGAAGCUUGGGCCCAACGGCGGGCUCCUCUACUGUAUGGAGUAUGUUGAAGCAAAUCUGGACUGGUUCGAGAAUAAGCUGAAGGAGCACAGUGACUGUUACUUCUUGUUUGACUGUCCUGGACAAGUGGAGCUCUACACACACCAGAGUUCAGCCAAGAAUAUAUUCUCACAGCUGGCCAAGUGGAAUUUCAGGCUGACAGCCGUGCACCUUGUGGACUCUCAUUACUGCGCUGACCCAGCCAAGUUCAUCUCGGUGCUCUGUACCUCCCUGUCCACCAUGCUGCACGUGGAGCUUCCCCAUGUCAACAUCCUCUCCAAGAUGGACUUGAUUGAGCAGUAUGGCAAACUGGCCUUCAACCUUGACUUCUACACAGAGGUCAUGGAUCUGACCUAUCUUCUGGAUCACCUGGCUGCUGACCCCUUCUUUAAGAAAUUCCACCAUCUAAAUGAAAAGUUGGCAGAGGUCAUCCAAGAUUACAGCCUCGUCUCAUUUGUGCCUCUCAGUGUACAGGACAAAGAGAGCAUGAUUCAGGUCUUACGAGCAGUGGACAAAGCCAAUGGUUACUGCUUUGGAGACCUGGAGGAGAGGAAUCUGCAGGCCAUGAUGUCAGCUGCUGUGGGUGCAGACUUCCAGUUCGACUCUACUCUUGGAGUGCAAGAGCGAUAUGUUGAAACCGGGGGAAAGACUGUGGAGGAAGAAAUGAUGCAUCUGUAAAUUGAAAAUCCCAAAUAAAUGGACAAAACUGGUUGCCUUUUUAGCCUCAGUAUACCAGGGGAGUAUUGGCAACAUCCAUCUAACUUGGCCUGGAUUCUGAGCCUCUCUACAAAAGUGGCAGCGGGGAGAUGGGAACUAAAUUUGGGUGCUGUAGAUGCUUCAAGGUUGCACCAUACCUCAUAAAAAUAUCAAUAAGGACAACUGAAGGGAGUAAAUGCAAAGCUAUACAGGGACAUUUUCAAUAAAUGCCUUUGCAUGUCUUGAAAUGUAUCAAAUGUAAAAGCCCUAAUUUAUGUUUUGUUAUGUUAAAUGUUUGUGCUCUCUUUAUUUUUUAGAAAACAAAAAUAUCCACAUGGGUGUUCAUCAUUGGGAGGUCAUAUUCAUUCUUUAACAAUUAAGUUACUGUAAUUAAUAUAAGCAUUGUUUUUGGG